UCUCGCCCUGGGUAAUCGGCAGCUUGAUAAAACAUAUUAAAGAGCCCUGUCCCAAUCUCGACGGCUAAUUGCAGUCAUAAUCGCUAUAUGGCGGGCAGAGCUUUAACUGUCGCGUUCAGACGUAUUUCAGCUAUUGGCACGGCUGGACGCGAUUGACUAAACUCACAUUCGAAUCCAUACAAGUCGCGCUUUUUUAGCACAAAAUUAAGCUUACGUCCCAGUGAAAAGAAAUACGUAACGCGAGCCCAGUGUGUAGACCACUUUGUGGGAAUGACCGCCGAACAAAAAGGUCCCGUAAUCGGCAUCCGCCAUUUGCAGGCGUUGCUGCUUUUUCUGGCCAUCGUCGUCAACUACACUGCUCGGCUCAGCGUGAGUGUGGCCGUGGUGGCCAUGACGGAUGCAGCUACAACCAAUCCUGAUUUUCCGGAGUACGAGUGGACGGGGGCGGAGAAGUCUUAUGUCCUGUCCAGCUUCUAUUGGGGCUACAUCGUCACCCAGUUCCCGGCCGGAUUUCUGGUGCGGCGCUUCGGAGCUAAGGCGGUUCUGCUCAUCCCCACGCUGGCCACGUCCGUCUUGAGUGGGCUCACGCCCUAUUGCGUCGGCUGGGGCGGCUGGCAGGCCUUCAGUGUGAUACGCAUUAUUGAGGGCUUGUUCCAGGGUCUAAUCUUUCCAUGCAUACAUGAACACUUGGCCAAGUGGUCGCCGCCGCAGGAUCGAAACCGCUUGGGCGCCUUCGCUUACUCCGGUGCCGACUGCGGAUCGGUUCUGGCCAUGGCCAGCAGCGGACUCAUUGCCAACGGUUCAAUGGGCUGGCCAGGCAUCUUCUACGUAUCGGCAGGCUCCUGUGGCCUCUGGUGCCUGCUCUGGUUGGCGCUCGGUGCGAACAACGCUCCCAACAGCCGCUGGAUUGGCAUCAAAGAGCGCGAACACAUCGAGCGAUCGAUGAAGCGGCCGGAGGGAUUCCACGCCCAGAAGAUUCCGAUCCCGUGGCGCGCCAUCUGGACAUCGGCACCCUUCUACGCCCUGCUGAUUGUGCGCAGCGCCCAGGGUUGGGCCAACUCCACCAUGCAGCUGCAGACGCCCUCCUACAUGCACGGCGUCCUGGAGAUGGACAUCAAAAGCAACGCGCUCUACUCCGCCCUGCCCUUCCUGGCCAUGUGGUGCAUGUCCUACGUGUACCUGGUCUUUGCGGAUGUGGCUAUGUCGCGGCGCUGGAUGUCGCUGACUACGCUGCGCAAGUCCAUCAAUACCGUCUCCUACUGGGGGCCGGCGGCGGCACUCAUCGGGAUCGGGUUUCUGGACAAGAGCCAGACCAGUCUGGCCAUAGCUCUGAUGACCAUCAAUGCGGGUCUCAACGCCGGCUCAGGCAUUGGCAGCAUUCUCACCAUAAUCGACAUGUCGCCCAACCACUCAGGCAUGCUGAUGGCCAUCGUCAAUGGUAUUGGCAACAUAUUUCCAUUGCUGACACCACUCUUGGUGGGCGUUAUAGUAACCGACCAGGGCUCCCGCAGCCAGUGGCAGAUUGUGUUCGGCAUGACCGCCGUGGUGUUCUUCUUUGGCAACCUGGUGUACCUCAUCUGGGGGACCACGGACCAGCAGGCCUGGGAUGCUGAGGAUUUUCUGAAGCCACGUGAUUCCGAAUGCACUCAAAUUGGCCACCAAAUGGAUCUCAAGCCAAAGGCGGAUACAAUGACUAAGACGGACUCCAAGACAACAUGAUUAGCGGCACAGAAUUCGGGGAUUGCUGCCGGCCACGCGUCGUAUGCGCAAUGUGUAAGGAAUGGAAAGUUGAUCUGGCCAGCUCUGAUUAAACGAAUUUUGCGCCGAGAAAUUGCCAUUUUAAUUAAAAAUUCUUAAAACGUUC